CAUAACAUAAACAGACGACAGCGUUAAGCGCUUAUGGUUUACAGAUCAUAUCGGACGCAGGCCUAACUUGACAGCAAGAGCUAGCCGUUCCAAGAGGCUUUAAGGACUGAGUGGCGCAUUUGAAAUAGAGGUCUUUCCUCCAGGAUAUGAUAACUGUAGCCACACUGAAAUGAGUAUCAGAGAUAAAGAGCUCAAGAUACAUUUUAAACCCGGCCACGUUGAGCUUGUCCAGGAUGAGGUCUACACACCAUAUCGGCGUGUGCUUGUGACAGGUGCAACAGGAUUACUGGGCCGUGCUGUUUACAAAGAGUUUAAGAAUAAUGACUGGGAUGCUUUGGGAUGUGGCUACAACCGAGCCAGGCCUUGUUUCCUAAAGUGUAAUCUACUGGAUGAAGAUGCAGUGCGAGGGGUCAUUCAGAGCUUUCAGCCUCAUGUCAUUGUCCACUGUGCUGCUGAGAGGAGGCCAGAUGUGGUGGAACGUCACACUGAAGCAGCCAUGAACUUGAAUGUUCACGCAUGUGCUACACUGGCCAAAGAAGCUGGUGGCAGUUUCCUCAUCUACAUCAGCACAGAUUAUGUUUUUGAUGGACGUAAUCCUCCCUAUGGAGAAAAUGAUGCUCCCAAUCCUUUGAAUUUGUAUGGAAAGUCCAAGCUAGAGGGUGAGAGGGAGAUUCUCAGACAUUGCCCAGGUGCAGCUAUACUGCGAGUGCCUAUUCUGUUUGGAGAGGUGGAGAAGGUUGAGGAGAGCGCAGUGACCGUGUUGUUUGACCGUGUUCAGGAGGGAGCCGAGAGUUGCACCAUAGACCACUGUCAGCAACGCUUUCCCACAUACACCAGUGAUGUGGCUCGGGUCUGUCGGAACAUGGCUGAGAGAGCCCUUCAGGACCAGUCAUUGCGUGGAAUCUUCCAUUACUCUGCCAAAGAGCAGAUGACCAAAUAUGAGAUGACCUGCGCAAUAGCAGAUGCUUUCAACUUGCCCAGCAGUCAUCUAAUACCAAUGACGGAGCAGCCUGCUGGAGCAGGGGCUCAGAGGCCACAAAAUGCCCAGUUAGAGUGCUCCCGACUGGAGCUCCUCGGCCUAAGUGUGGAAUCCACCCCUUUCAAGAAUGCCAUACGGGACAGUCUCUGGCCCUUUCAGCAUGACAAACGGUGGAGGCAGACAGUCUUUCAUUAGAGCACCCCCAGAAGAAAAAAACAAGGCCUCCAAACCAACCCCCUCCCUCAAAUUUAGCACCUUUGUUUGAUGUUAAAGCAUACAUUUAUUACAGCCAACAGGUAUUUCACCUUUAAGUGUUUGUGUACGAGUUGCACUGCAAGUUACUGAGUCCAUGCUCAACUGUUGUGUUUGUUUCCUAGAUUUUAUUACUUUAUGUAAAUUACAAGAAUAUUUGAUAAAGGGACUGUAAAUCUA